GCCCGGGAAGUUUGCAGCGGCCUGAGAAGUUUCCUUGGCCCGGCGCGGGGGCGCGGGGAUGCAGCGCGAGCCGCCUCUGAGGGUCCGUUCCGGGAACCAGCCGUGGCCGGAGCCCGCUAUGCAGCCAGCCGGAGGAGGGGGCAGCGGGGCCGGAGCGUGGGCCCACAGCCGCGCGGCGCUGGAGCAGCUGGAGACGCAGCUACGCUGCUCGCGCUGUAUCAAUAUCCUGAGGGAACCUGUGUGCUUAGGCGGAUGUGAACAUAUCUUCUGCAGUACGUGCGUGGGCGACUACAUCGGUUCAGAAUGUCCAGUGUGUCACACACCUGCCUGGAUACAGGAUGUGAAGAUAAACCGACAGUUAGACAGCAUGAUCCAGCUGUGCAGCAAACUUCGGAAUCUGUUACACAACACCUCGGCUACAGGUGUAGAAGAAAGUACACCUGGGACAAGAACCUCACCAGGUGAAGAUGAAAACAAGAAAUUCAUAAAAAUGUGGUUUAGCCCUCGUAGCAAGAAGGUCCGAUAUGUUCUAAAUAAAACUUCAGUACAGACCCAGCCGCAGCCAGUUGAGAAUGAGCAGGUUUAUCAAGCUUUUGAAUUUUGUUCCUCAUCUCUUGAGAGAGACUCUCCGCAGAGGCCUAAAAAAAUAGUCAGAAAACCCAGAAAAAAGCAGAAAAAGAGAAGUUUAGCUGAAAUUAAUCAAGAAUGGAAUUUGGAGGAGGAAAAGCAGAAAGAAGUCCUUGAAUUUGAUCAGACUGCCAGCGAGAAACUCAAAGAAAAGUCCGUCUCAUUCUGUAUCCAGCCCUCUGUCCUCGGGACCCCAGAACUAAAUGGUGGUAUAGAUUUAGUAAGUUGUGCCUCUCUCACAGAGGCCAGUCCUUCUGAGAAGAUGAGUGAGCUCUGCCCAUCAUUGCUCAUGCAAGUAGAUUCUAGAGAAGUUGAUAGAGAUAGUGAGAUAGCAUCAUCUCAUGUGGAAUCUCUUGGUGAGGUCAGUUUUAUAUCAGAGGCAUCCCUGCCAUUGAAUAAUGGUGGGAAAAGUGAGAGGCAGCCCUCUGACUCCUUUGUGGUGCCUGUUUCCAAAAGACAAAGAAGAAGAAGCCAGCAGAGAGUCAGAAGAACAUCUGUUGGUCAAGAUAACCCCACAGAGUCAUUACCCUCAUCUGAAGAAAAUGCCUCAUCUCCCACAUCCAGAUGUAUAGUUGAUGACCCAUCAGUAACAGCAAGGAUUAGUGAUGUAUUAAAUGACUCUAUUAGCUUUUCCCCCUCAAAAUCUUCUGGGACUCCAUCAUCAUCCAUAAUGAAUAGCCCUUGUCGACAGUGGGUGGUGUGUAGCCCUUCUGCUGUGAAGCUGUCUCCUACCAGCCCCAUGACCAUCAAGAGAAACCAUAGAGGAGAGACCAUGCUCCAUAUUGCUUCUAUUAAGGGUGACAUACCAUCUGUUGAACACCUCCUCCAAAAUGGAAGUGACCCAAAUGUUAAAGACCAUGCUGGAUGGACUCCACUGCACGAAGCCUGUAAUCAUGGACAUCAGAAGGUUGUGGAGCUACUGUUACAGCACAAGGCUUUGGUAAACACCACUGGCUAUCAGAAUGACUCGCCACUCCACGACGCGGUCAGGAAUGGGCACGUGAGCAUCGCCAAGUUAUUACUCUCUCAUGGAGCCUCCCGCGAUGCUGUAAACAUAUUUGGUCUCCGGCCUGUGGAUUAUGCUGAAACUGAAGCUAUGAGAUCCGUAUUGUCGCUGCCUGAGGAGAAUAAAAUACCCGAAACUAGCCAUUGCUCAGGACGUAUGAAUACUAACCAGAGAAGAGAUGACCUUCUUGUACUAUUAAGCAGUGGCCUCACCUCAGAUCAGCAACAGUUACUAAGUGAGCUUGCAAAAGUACUUAAGGCUAAAAAGUGUACUGAGUUUAACAGCACAGUCACUCACAUCAUUGUUCCUGGUGAUACAGUCCAAAGAACCAUGAAAUGUAUUCUUGGUAUCAUCAGUGGAUGCUGGAUUCUAAAAUUUGAUUGGGUAAAAGCCUGUCUAGAAAACAGAAUGUGUGAACCAGAGGAAAAGUACGAAAUGCCCGGUGGUCCACAGAGAAGCAGGCUCAACAGAGAACAGCUGCUGCCAAAGUUAUUUGAUGGCUGCUACUUCUAUUUUGAGGGAACUUUCAAGCAUCAUUCCAAGGAUGAGCUUAUCAAGCUAGCCAGAGCAUCUGGAGGGCACAUCCUCAAUAGAAAGCCAAAACCAGACAGUGAUGUGACUCAGACGAUCAAUACGGUGUCGUACCAUGCCAGACCUGACUCCGAUCAGCGGUUCUGCACACAGUAUAUCAUCUAUGAUGCUUUCUCUAAUUAUCACCCAGAGAGGGUCCGUCAGGGCAAAGUCUGGAUGGCUCCUUCCAACUGGUUUAUAGACUGCUUGAUGUCAUUUCAGGUGCUUCCUGUUACCAAGUGAAAGCCACAUCCUCCCCCAACAGGGUUGGGGCAGAUACAUGGCAUCCGUACCUAACAACUGUUGACCACUCACUUUCUUACAAAGAAGUUGGCACCGUACAAGGUUUUUCUGAGUCAAAUUUUAAAAAUCUUAUUUUGUUAUUGCUUAUGGAUGAACAUUAGAAUUCAGUCCCUGUUUCCCAUUUAGAUACUGUGAAUGCUUUGAAAAGGUGUUUCUUCAAGAGACCUUUGGUUUGGUAUUCAUUAUGGCAUUCUACUAAAAUCAUCAGCUUUCUGUGAUCAAUGAGAAUAUAUCAGAACCAUUGGUGAGAUAUAUGCAAGUUGUAUCAUUACUGUCAAGCCACUUAAUGGGCUUUGAUGAAAAACCCACACCUGCCAUAAUGAGUAGUUAAGUGUCAUGCAGGAGGCAGGGAAUUUUGUGAAAAGAAUGAUUCUGGAAAUGCUCGAGUGAAAAUGCAGAGAAAGUACAUAUUUGAUCCAGCUAAUCACAGAUUUUAAAUGCUUGACUAUCUCUUCUUGUGUCUGUGUCGACCUUCCACGUGUUCAUGCAUUUGGUCUUAUUAUUAUUUACUUGGUUGUCUGUCAGUAUUUUACUAUUGGCGGGGGGAGGGGGAAUCAAGAUCCUAAAACAGUUAUUUGUGUGCUUGUGUAUGUUGAGAAAAUCAACAGUGAGCCAGUGCCCUUUUAUGUAAUGAUUUGUUAUUAAUUGACUUAUAUUAUGAAGUUAUUCUGUAUAUCUGAAAAAUGUUUCUAUAGCACUUGGUGAAUCUCAUUUCAAUCUCAGUUUUAAUUUCUUGUCAGGUCAUAAACAGUGGUCAUAACAUUUAGAGAUGAUUUUAUAUAAUAAAUAGA